UCGCCUUCUCUAGGAUUACUGUUUUCCUCGAUUUUCCAUUUUUUUCCCUUCUUUUCUUUUGAUUCCUUGUUUUCAUCCGAAACCAAACCUCAGAGUUUGGUGAAAGUAGCAAAUCAAAAGAAGGCCAAACAAUAAAGUUGAAAAUUGUUUAAGCUUUCGUCUGCUUUUUGGGCGCUUUUAAUUUCAAAAGGAUUCAAAAGGGGUCUUGAUCGAUUGUUCAAGAGAAUUCAAGUCAUGGGUAUUGCUGUUUCUGGAUUUUGCCUUCCCCCGCUCUUCUUUUACCUUUGGGAGAAUGAAAGAUCUUUGGCUGCUGUCAAACAAUAUGAAGAGUGAUGUUAAGAUAAAAUGGCGGCGGAGAGCUGGAAAAGGGGAGAACAUUAGGAAGAUAAUGAAGUGUUUAUGUUCUGGAGAGAAAAGAGCUGGUGAUGGUAUGAUUCCUGCAUCAGAAUUGCAGUCAACUUUGGAGAAUUCAGCAAGCGAACACUCCUCACGAAUCGGCGGGACUGUCAUGAAGCCAGAAAUUGGCAAUAUAGAAGAAGCCGAGUCUUCGCUUCGUGAGAGCGGUUGCUUGAAUUAUGAGGAAGCAAGAGCAUUGCUGGGAAGAUAUGAAUAUCAAAAAGGAAACAUUGAAGCUGCUCUUCAUGUAUUUGAAGGAAUAGAUAUCACUGCAGUAACUAGUAAGAUAAUGACCUCCAUUGCUAGAACAGGACACCGUCCAAGGAGACGAUCGCAACGUUUUAGUGACCCACCAAUGUCUAUGCAUGCUGUCAGUUUACUGUUGGAAGCCAUCUUUCUAAAAGCAAAAUCCUUGCAAGGCCUUGGGAGGUUUGGAGAAGCUGCUCAAUCUUGCAAAGUUAUUCUGGACAUACUUGAAUCUUCAUUUCCCGAAGGGUUGCCUGAAAACUUUGGUGCUGAUUGUAAAUUGCAGGACACAGUAACGAAAGCUGUUGAGCUGAUACCAGAACUAUGGAAACAAGGCGAUUCUUCUCAAGAAGCGAUCCUUUCAUAUCGGCGGGCACUCCUUCAUCAAUGGAACCUCGAUGCGGGAACCACCGCUCGAAUUCAGAAAGAGUUUGCCAUUUUUCUUCUGUACAGUGGAAAUGAAGCAUACCCUCCAAAUCUCCGGUCUCAAAUGGACAGCUCAUUUGUACCAAAAAACAAUUAUGAAGAAGCUAUACUCUUAUUUAUGAUACUACUUAGAAAAGUUGUUCUUAAGAGGAUUGAUUGGGAUCCAUCAAUCUUGGAUCACCUCUCCUUUGCACUAACAAUAUCAGGGGAUACAAGCGCUUUGGCAGGUCAAGUAGAGGAAUUGCCUCCUGGGAUUCUACAUCGAAACGAUAGGUACCAUACUCUCGCUCUUUGUUACUAUGGAGCUGGAGAAGACUUGGCUGCUUUGAAUCUUCUGAGGAAAUUGUUGGGCAGUCAUGAGGAUCCUAAAUCUCUUCCUGCUUUAUUAAUGGCGUCAAAGAUUUGUGGAGAGCACAGUGAUCAUGCUGAAGAAGGAACACGUUAUGCUCGUCGAGCUCUUCAAAACUUGGAUGCUGGAUGUGAUCAACUGAUAGGUGUUGCCAACUGUUUGUUGGGUGUCUCUCUGUCUGUAUAUUCUAAAUCAGCAGUUGUAGAUUCUGAGCGGUCCUCCAGACAAUCUGAGGCGAUAGAGGCCCUGGAAGCUGCACGGAAGAAGACUCGAAUGACCGAUCCUAAUGUUCUCUACCAUUUGAGUGUUGAAUAUGCUGAUGAGAGGAAGUUGGAUUCAGCACUUCAUUUUGCAAAGAAGUGUCUCAAACUGGAAGGUGGAUCUAAUAUUAGAACUUGGUUACUGGUGGCUCGGAUACUCUCUGCCCUGAAACGAUUCGUGGAUGGCGAAGGUAUUAUAAAUGCAGCUCUGGAGCAGACUGGGAAAUGGGAUCAAGGCGAAUUGCUUCGAACAAAAGCAAAGCUUCUGAUAGCACAAGAUGAGCUGAAAGGUGCUAUUGGGACUUAUACUCAGUUACUCGCUGUUUUUCAAGUUCAGAGUAAAAGUUUUGGCUUGGGAGAUAAGAAGCUACAUAAGAACAGCAGAAAUUGUAUCAGAAGCUUGCAAUUGGAAGUGUGGCAUGAUUUAGCUCUAGUCUAUAUAAGGCUUUCACAAUGGCACAAUGCCGAGGCUUGCCUUUCCAAGUCAAAGGCCAUCCAUUCUCAUUCGGCAUCUAGAUGUCAUCUCACAGGUAUGCUUUAUGAAGCAAAAGGAUUGUAUAAAGAAGCUUUGAAGGCUUUUAUGGCUGCUCUGGACAUCGAUCCCGUUCAUGUCCCGAGCUUGGUUUCGUCUGCCGUAGUUCUCAGACGUCUCGGCCACCAAUCGCACCCCGUUGUUCGCAGCUUUUUGAUGGAUGCUAUACGUCUCAACCAGACAAACCACGCUGCGUGGUACAAUCUCGGGCUAUUCUACAGAGCUGAAGGAACCAAAUCUUCAUUGGCUGAAGCUGUUGAAUGUUUUGAGGCUGCAACAUUUCUUGAAGAGACUGCUCCUGUUGAAUCCUUCAGAUAAAACAGCUCUGCUCAAAUAAUUUUUUGAAACAAAGUAUUUUCCUCGUAUCUUCGCUUCAUAAUCUAUUUUACACCCUCAUUGUACAACAACAGAAAAUUAAUAAAUGUAAAGUUUCUCUCUAUUUCUGGAUG